AUGAAUCGUUCUCGGACAUGUAACGUGUUAAACCCGUAAUGACGUAUGGUAAUGGGUACGAUAUUCCGGUCUACGGACUGGACAAUGGCGGAUUUCACCUCCUCCACAUCCUGGCUAUUUGCUGUAUAUUUCUAAGUCUUAUUUCAGCCAUGACGAUUGUGAUAUUUUCUUUUAAACAAAACGGUGUUAAAGGUUUCUUUUCAUGGUCAAAGAGCGAGAGACUGGUUGUAUACCUGGCAUUAUGUGAUGGAUUUUUCAAUAUGUCUCAUUCUCUUGACCAUUUCAACAUUCUGCUGACCAGGGACCAUGUUCGGCCACUAGAGUUGUGUCAGUUUUACAGCUUUAUCAAUAUGGAGUUUAUUUUUGCCCAGACCCUUAUGGUCAAUGCUAUUGCCAUCAAUGCCUUUCUAAUGAUCUACUUCGGGAAGAAUUUGGACUUUGGAAGGAAGGACUGGAGGCUUCUGGUUUGGGGGUUUGUAACGCCUCUCAUACUGGACAUAGUUUGUGCGGCCACAGGACAAUUCGGACCCACUGGAGCAUAUUGUUUCUUUGACGGAAUCAAGGCAAAGAUCAGUAAUAUGUUCCUGACAACCAUCCCGAUGAGUGUCAUUCUGGUAGCCAAUGCUGUUCUGUAUGCACUGACGUUUUACCGGAUCCAGUCGGAAGCCAAACGUUUGCAGCACUCUCUUGGCGCUUCUAGUAGUGCAUCGCGUGCAUCCCAUCGCGCAGCCCGAAACAUGAUCCUUUUUCUUUUAGCGUUUUUCGUCCAAUGGUGGGCUGCGACCGCAUUUGGAAUAUGGUUACUGUUUCAGGAACCGCCAAUGAUAUUAUUCCAGCUGGUGACGACAUUCUCAAACAUUGGCGGAGUUCUGAAUGGUAUAACGUUCGCCAUUAUCCGGCGAAGACAGACAACAGUAAAACCAGACGAUAAAGGUAACUCCCAACAUGCUGCUUCGUCUUUCUGACGUGUAAUUACUGCUGUGACUGUUUACUAUCAACGAUUUCUACUAGUAUGGAAACUUUUGUGGUCAUUGUCAGUACCACUUGAAUAAUAAGGUCGUUGAAUUUUACGAACCGGACAUCUACCACUUCUGCAUGGUUUACUUAUGUAUAUCACUGAACAACCUAUGACAUUCUCGGGCGAGUUGUAGCAGAUCGCACAGGAAGUUAUCAAGAGCGAUAUGGACAAACCCACAACAUCAUUCAGCUUCAAUCCUGAUGCCAAGAAAACACAAACCACAACAACAUAGGACUGUCCAUCAAUCCUGAUGCCAAGGAAACACAAACCACAACAACAUAGGACUGUCCAUCAAUCCUGAUGCCAAGGAAACACAAACCACAACAACAUAGGACUGUCCAUCAAUCCUGAUGCCAAGGAAACACUAACCACAACAACAUAGGACUGUCCAUCAAUCCUGAUGCCAAGGAAACACAAACCACAACAACAUAGGACUGUCCAUCAAUCCAGAUGCCAAGGAAACACAAACCACAACAACAUAGGACUGUCCAUCAAUCCUGAUGCCAAGGAAACAUACACCACAACAACAUAGGACUGUCCAUCAAUCCUGAUGCCAAGGAAACACAAACCACUACAACAUAGGACUGUCCAUCAAUCCUGAUGCCAAGGAAACACAAACCACUACAACAUAGGACUGUCCAUCAAUCCUGAUGCCAAGGAAACACAAACCACAACAACAUAGGACUGUCCAUCAAUCCAGAUGCCAAGGAAACAUAAACCGCUGAUCUUUGCCCGAUUGCAUUCAUGUGAUGUUCUACCCAGUUAUACAGUGGAAGGAAUGUUCAACAUUUUUAGUUCUGAUACAGCAAAUCCAUUCAAGAAAAUUUCCGCUUGGUGUAGUAUCAGUUCAUAAUAUGUAAGAAAACUCUCUAUUCCACCAUGACAAGACAGAAUCAUAACAACACGGGAAGAAAUUAUUACCAACACUAUAUAACAACUGAUAAAGUUAUCCGUUGAGAAACAACAGUGGCUUUAAGUAAAAGAUCGUCUUUACUAAACGUUAAUCCGAGAGCGGAAAGUCUGUCAAAAUGGCUGCCUAUGUUGCUACAAAUGCAUACAUAGAAAUACGUUAACAGCGUGUAUGUCAUUGACAGGUUUCUCACAUAAGAAAAGUGUCCUUACUGAUUAUUGAUGAAUAAAAAGUACGCUCUGU